CCGUCAGGUUGACGGCACUGGCGCGAUUGAUCGCGCAUACGUUGUGUGUAUACUCCACGCUCGCGCCGCGGAUCGUCCCUCCCCCCGCCUUCCCGUGGUGGUGUGUGCGUGUGUAUAAUACGUGCGUGCACACAGACGACACACGCACGCGCGUACACGCGAGCGCGUGUUUUUGUACGCGGAAUAUAUACGCGCAUCACGUUGGGAGCCGCGGAGGUCCCACAGACGGACGGACGGGCCCCCCUUGGCCAUUCUCGUGAAUGUAAACAGAACUCUCCGUCGCGCCGGAUAUAUCAUGUGCUACGACAUGGACGGGUACGGCGGCGCGGCCGCGGAGCUGCUCGCUCUACCCGCGUCGCGCUGAAGGCCGAGCCGGAGCUGAGCUAAGCGAAGUGAAGUUGUGUCGACGUUGCCGUCGCCGUCGUCGUCGUCGUCGUCGUUGUCUUCAUCUUCGUCAUCGUUGCGGUCGCCGCCGCGCGCUCGCGUCGUCGGUGUGUGCGCGUUCCUCGACCCGGGUCGCCGCCUUCGGAGUGGUGUGCGUGCGGGGAUUACCGUGAAGUGGGAACGGCAGCCACGAGAGCCGACCGUCGUCGACCGUCGUCGCUCCGGGCUCGCCCCGUUGCGUGUACGCGGCGGCGUCUCUCUCUCUCUCUCUCUCCUUCCCCGUCUUCCUUCGCCCGACUCUCUUGCUCCGUCUUCUCCCUCUCUCCUUCUCUCUCUCUUUCUCUCUCUCGCGGUCGCCUAGGAUAAUUCCCGAUACCUGAGACGGGUUCGCGUGUGCGCGCACCGCGUACGGUUCUACGUUGGCUCCGUUGCAAUGAGAGGCCUCGGCAGGAAAUUCACGGACGGAGCUGCAUCCAGGUGACGGAAGCGCAAAAUGCCUUCAAUCGAUACGCGAUCGAUAAGAGUGCCUGGAGAAAUGGAUCGGUGUCCGUCGCACAGAGCGGACGCCACGUCGAGACAUCGAGCUGGAUGCCGAUCUACGCUAGAUGAGUCCAACAGUUUCGCAGUGCCGCGCUGCGAUACAUUCAACGCCUCUAAUGCCGUCCUGCACAAGAAGGAUACCGUCACAACGCUGGAAAACGAGCCCGAUAGCGUGGCUCGCUUGCCAGAGGACACUUCGUUCUCUCACAACGCCCAAUCAACUGAUCUAUACUCGUUGCGAAAAGAAUUCGCCUGCCCUGUCGCUCCCUGUGAUCACGGACGCGAUACAAGUGUAAUGAACGCGAACCACCGAAAUCGUCACAGUUCUACGCGAGAGAGUGACGCGAUGAGACAUUCUCACGCAUCGAGCGCACUCUCGAAAUACGGUUUCAAUCAAAUGCUAGGAUUAAUCACCGACUGGAUAACGAAUUCUUCAUGGAGGAGAUGGCGGGCCUACUUUCCUAUCUUAAUCUGCCUAUUUUGCGCGACGCAGUGUACAGCCCGCACUUGCUCAGUUGGAUUAAGCACACCAGGGUGGACCUGGCCACAAGGUGAUAUUGUUAUCGAACAUGGUAAGGACCUCAAAAUGUACUGCAUAUUGAAUCAGACGAUCGUGAAUCGUGAAUAUCCCGGUAAAAAUGCGACGAAUCUCCGAUUCUUUCGUAACGAUCACGAAAUGGGGCCGGAAUUCGUCACGGUAAUUAAUGAAACAACGUUAGAGCUGUACGUCAACGAGCCACCGGCCUCCGACAACAUGUACAAUUGCAAGUUGAAAGUAAACAACAGCGACUAUGUAGCAGUUUGUCUCAACAAGGUUGUAGUUGGAUAUCCACCUCAGAAACCUAAAAAAUUCGACUGCAUUUCCUAUAAUUGGGAGAGCUUCAAUUGCACAUGGGAGCCAGAACACAAUUUCGUCCAUACAACAUACGAGUUAAUGUUCCAAUUAGCUUCAAGAUCGGGAGCGUUGUAUUACUGUCCGCUUGAGACGACGACAGAGAAUUCGUGCACGUGGACUAUAUAUUCCAAUCCACUGUAUAGGCAACCGUAUGUGUUUUAUAUGUUUACACUGAAUGCAUCUAAUACUUUCGGGACCGUCAACUUUACAUAUCGCAUCCAGCAUUAUCCUAACGUUAUUCCGGCUAAACCUCAUAACCUCACCUUAAUAAGUAAAACAUCGGAGAGCGCACUGUUGUAUUGGGAAAUCCCCUUCCCGAUGGCGACAUUUCCAGUUGGUAUUCAUCACAAAAUUAUGUAUCAACAUCAGUGGGAUCUUGAGAAGCAUUGGAAUGUCAUCAAUAUUACGUCACACAAAAAUAAGGAGCAAUGGCUUUGGAAUCUUACCAGACUGGAGUACGCUAACACAGUGUACGAUGUUCGCGUUUAUUUAAAGAGCGCGACAGCUGUAAGACCGGAUCGAUGGAGUGACUUCAGUGUCGUUACAUUCAGGACAUCGCCGAAAUUGCCUGGCGCUGCACCGCGAACUGACAUCGGUAGCUUCGAAAUUGCUGAAAAUAACGGAAACAGGGACGUAUACUUGUAUUGGCAAGCGAUACCGCACAACCAGGAGAACGGUGAUAAUUUUAAAUAUCAAAUCAUUCACGUGGAGGAAAAUGGCCAAAACGUUUCGCUCACACCAAGCGAAACGACCAGGACGUACGCUAAAUUGAAGGGAAUCAGCUUCCACAGCUACCUAUUCGAGAUCAUCUCGACGAAUGAGGUCGGGGCUAACAGUAAUCGUGCAAGAAUAUACGUACCGAAUCAUCAAGAGAUACCGCAUGAACUGAUAGCGUUCACGAAAAUCGCUUUCGAAAAAGGAUUGUACGAAUUAUCCUGGAAGCCGCCGUUCGUCAAACCUAGAAUCAUGAAUUACACCAUCUUUUGGUGCGACAAUGAGCGCGAUCGUCCGUAUCAGUGUACCGGAUACUUGGACUGGGUGCAUGUUAACAGAAAUACUACGAUCUACAACAUAACUGUGCCGGACCCGUCCAAGGUGUAUCAAUUCGCAAUCUCCGUCAAUACCGAGAGAGGUAGCAGCGGUAUGAUAUGGUCGACGUGCACGGUAAUUCACAACAGAGUCCUCGGCAAAAUGAAGUCCGUGUGGAUCAAUCGUAUUGGGUCGACCUUUAUCGAAGUCGGUUGGAAGCUCGACUGCUCGGAUCGCAUCGGGAUAAUCGAGGGAUUCAGCAUUAAGUACUGUCCCAUAGUGUCGCCGUUGAAUGUCAGCUGUAGCGGUCCCAUGCUUAACAGCACCAUAGUAGCGGACGCGCACACGAUACAUGGCACUGUCUACAAUCUGAAGCCCUACACCACGUACAUGCUGAACGUCGCGGUGCUGACGAAGAGCGGUGAGGGUCUGCCUAGCGAUCCCCUGUACAAUACCACCCUCGAAGGCGCGCCGACCCCACCAUUGAGCGUGAGAAUCACUGACGUGAGUAACACGACGAUGUUCGUCGCGUGGAAAAAGCCGACGGCGAUGAACGGCGUGCUCAGGUAUUACGAGGUCUAUUACAACGGUGAAGUCAGGAAGGUGGAUGUGGAUGAGGACAAGGAGGGAAAUCACAUCAAGCUGAUGGAAUUGAAACCGUAUACGAACUAUUCUAUUAGAAUUUCCGCGUGUACCGUCCAGUGCAGUGAAAAGUCAAAGGCGGUAGAUGAGUACACGAAGAUCGGCGUGCCCGGCAAAAUUAAUAUACCCAAAGUACGCUUUGUAAACUCCAGCCAAGUGAACAUCCAGUGGGAGCCACCAUCAGAACCGGCCGGUCCUGUAGAAGAGAUGUAUUACGAAAUAGAGUACGGAAAUGGCAUAAUCCAAAACGUUACUAAACCAGAAGUGCAAUUGCCCAUUCCUGACUGCAAGAACGUUGAGCAUCGAGAGCAGAAGCACAAGUUCCGGGUCAGGGCUAUUAAUAUCAAUAACGGCGAUAUUUUGAAAGGAUCCUGGUCCGACUAUGGGGAAGGAAAUUGUUAUAAUAACGGACUAUCGUACGUCGCACUGGUUAUUAUAUGGAUGGUUGGCGUCUUCAGUAUCACAGCGUGCAUCGCGUGCCUUGUGUACAUGUUCAAGAGAAUGUGGAUAAAAUGUCGAGCUAUGCGAGAUGUCGAAGUGAAACUACCGCCCGGACUUACCCCGGUAAAUAUGAUGCUGCUUGAGAACAAGGGCGAACCACACAUACGUCAGCCGUCCGCCGAUUCCAGCGGCUGUUCAAGCGGUCAAGAGUCCGUUACCUCUUCGCUCACGGCGGAGUCGCAGGUCUGCAGUGACAGCGGCACUGAGGUGGACGCGGUGCAUACGACGUCCGACAAACUGAAGAGUCAGCCUGUUCGCGAAUCGACCCAUCUACGACAAAGAACUGCACGUGCACCGGGCGCAUUAUUGGCAGACGUCACGACCUGCUGGGCGGACUCGUACAUCAAAGUUGGCGAUUCCGUGAGUGAGCCGACCUCCGAGGAGACCAUAUCGUUGGCACGGUCAACGCCCAAUUUAACGGAUAACACGAUGUCGAAGAGCUACUCGCCAUCGCAACAUGCUUGGUCCAGCACAAACUAUAUCAGCAUGCCGUCCUCCUCGGAGGCGUUACUGAGCAACCCGAGCCUCGUACCGCGGAAGAAUGUCAGCUUCGCCGGUGGUAACAGCGCCGACGGUGACAGCAAGGACGAUAACAAUGACGACAGCAACGAUAGCAACAACGAUAGCAGCGACGACAGCGGUGAAGCCUUGAUAUCGAUCAAAUUUGACGACGAAUUCGAGAAGGAGAAGCAGAAGCAGACCAUCGACGACAAGAUGCGGUCGAUUAUCGAGCUGAACAAGAAGAUAGAUAUAUUGGCGUCUCACAUCAAUCCCGAUAAGACGACAAUGGCGACGCCGUAUGUUCAAGCGGGUCUGAUAGACGAAAUACCCGGAUCGCCUUCCAGUAUACCCAAACAUAUACAAGCCAGGAAUAGCAAUCUGAUGUGCGGCACCUUCAAGGUUAAGGACAAUCAGAAUCUGUGCAAGAAAGAUUACAUGUCAUUCUCGCCGACCUUCCCCGUCAAUACUUCCUUGACUUCGGCAAGUCCGAAGUAUAUCCUCGCCACCAUAAUGCCCGAAGGGAUGACGAUGCCGGUUACAGAAGCGGAUCAAGAAUCUUUACAGCAGAAAACGCUGCACGACUCGCACGGUUCCACUACGGGCGGAGUCUCGUACACUAUUGUGAAUGAGGCACAGCCGCAGGAGCAGCGAGAGAAGGCGGGCGAACUCGCGAACGUGACGGAGGACGUCGAUGAGGAUGUCGACAACAAGGACGCUCCGUCCUGGCCGACGGCGGAUGUGACGAUAGAGGGGAAGGAGUUGGACUCCAGUUACAUCACCAUCGCGAAUUUGUCACCGCCCUCGGCGGGACCGUCUUACGUGCGACUCGAGAAGAUGCCACCGUCACUGCCGCAGACGGCGACAAGUCAGCCGGACGCGGAGCAGUACGCAGAGGUGACGGUCGUGCCAAGUACAGUUCAGUGAGGUGAGGAGAGACUGUCGUCUCGUUUUUCUCCUCUCCUUCGCGGCGGUGAUCAUUGCCACCUGCGUAGACGGACGAAGUAAGUGCUACACUGUAAAAUUGUGGUAUAUACGGCGGUGCAUGCGAGGGACUUUGGGGGGGGGGGGUUAUACACGUUUGAAUGUAAUUGCGACGCUCACGCGAAUCGACUGAGUCGAGCAGUGACCUUUUGCGACCUCGGAAAUGAGGUCCGCUUAUUGAAAUGUACGAAGAGAUUUAAGAGAGACUUUCUUUAUGAAAGAGAAUGUUUCAUUCUUGCUACGAAAAUAAGACUGGAUCUAAGCAAAAAAGAAGAUCAUCGGCUUGGGAUUAAAUAAAUCGUUGGAAAUUUACCUCUUAGUAAAGGAGCUUGCUGAUAAGAGCGCUCACGUUUGAAGACUCUUCCUUAAAUAGCUCAUCACUGAGAAAGAGUCUUAUGCACAAGGCAUCCGUACAAAAAAAAAAUAGAAUACACAGGAAGCGCGACUCGGCAGAGCCUUUAAGGGAAUUUUUUAAUUAGACCUUUUUUAUCCCUUCGCCCAAGCUGGUGUCUUCUUGUUUGAUUAUGCUUGUAUAUCCGGCGCGAUAUGCACAUGUAUGCGGCACGAUACGUUCGAGCGACGAGACAUGCCAGAUUGGCGUUCUCGUUCACCAAAGUAUGUACCAGUACUGCGUUACUUUUUUUAAAUAUAUAUAUUAUAUGCGCGAUGUCGACGCGAUUACUCCAUAAGUUAAAAUAAGUAAAUAGAAUAUACGAAUGCGUUAUAUAUAUGUGUAUAACGGUCAUACAUGUGUACAUACAUAUGACCGGAUUGACGGACAGCCUAUUGCUGUCGAAAAAUUAAUUAAAUUAAGUCCACUUCAGACGAUCUAUGAUUCAGAAUCAGGCGCAAUCUAGCGAAGGGAAUAGGGCCUCCCCUCCCCAGAGAAUCCGACACUCCUGAAAAAACUCGCGCUUCUAACUUGCGCGUUCAUUAAAAAAAAUCAAUUAACCCUUGUACGAUUUAUGAUCACGCGCGAUAUUUUUUGUUACAAUCACAAAGUUCCAAGAAAAGUGUAUUACUCCUCAUUCUCUCGCGGCAAAGCAAAUAUUUGCGCAGCGUGAAAGAGCGGUGUAAAUGAAAUUUUUUAUUAGAAAGUGGCUGUUUCUUGGAAUUUUCCAGCAGUGUCUUUCAAUAGCCGUAAUGCGAUUUGACAGUCGCGAGCCCAAUUUGAAGAAAUUUUUUAAAAAUGUAGAGUAAAAUUGUAUAUAAUCUAUAGUUUUUUUCCUGAGAUAUACAGAGCAUAAUUAGUGUUAUAUACUCUCUCAGAUAAAAUGCUUCAAAAUGUUAUAUAUCAUCUUGUUAUACAAUUUUCCUUCCCUACGUUCCUCUGAUCCCGUCAAAAUUCAAGAUAAUAAUAGGCUCUGUAACUUCACAUAUUUAUAAUUUUAUAUGCCGUAUACGAAAAGAUUGAAGAAUAUACACAGCGCGCGUAUUUAUGAAAAGAUAAAAAAAAAUAUGAACUCUCACAUCGAAACAUACGGGCAUAAAGAGACUAUAUACAGAACGCGCCAGAUUUCUAUUUUUAAAUAUUAUAGAUCGUCUAUAGCUGGUUUUAGUUAGGCAUUUUUUUCACAGCACAAUUUUUUUCGCUAAAUUCUCGUUUAAUCGUGAGAAAAAUUUUUUUGCCAUUUUUGCAGGGAUAAGCAAACUUUUUUUAGCAUUAUAUUUUCUAGAUUUCUUUAUUAAUGACAUACAGAUAUCCUAGUUUAAUCCUUAGUUAAUCGCUUGAGCAAACUGAUGCAACGUAAUUUCUAUGACUUCACUUUUUUUUUUAUUAUAUCACUGCAUUAGAAAUAAAUUAAAUUAGAACCUUAAAAUGAUGCUAUUCUGAUACAACAUCAAAUAAUAGGAAAGAGAAGAGAGCAAAAAUAGAAUAUAUCACAAAUUUAUAAUUUUUUUUUUUUAAAUUCACGCAACACGCGAUUAAUUAAGGAUUAACGUCGUUUCGGAAAGACGAACGCUAUUGCGUUUAUAUUCGCGUGGAAAGCAACGAGUGCAUACAGAUAUUCUUCCGAACGAUUUUUUUUCUCGACUCUAUCAACGAAAAAUUCCGCUCGCGAACGUUUCCGUUCACCUUCGCGCCGACAGGAUUGCUCAAAGAGAGACGAAAGUGACGCGUUCGACGGGGUUGCUGCAUACAGUCAACGGAACAACGACGAAACGCAAGUUACGUAGAUUUUCUAUUUCUCAAAUCUACCUUCUAUUCACCUUCAGCUGUCACACAGCCGCGAAAGUUGAAUCAUGCAAUGCAAUUUUGUUAUUCGUUCACAUAGCUCAUUCGAUACUUCAUUAUCACACAUAUCGAUCGCGAGUAAAAUGUUGUACGCAGCAACGUAACGGGAGACUCUUUUGUAAUAGCGCUAUGGUACAAUGUACGGCGUAACCGCACACAUGGUCAGGGAUAAUAAAGUAAAAUGAGAGAUAGGAAAAAGAGAAAAGAACGUCGUGGUGAGCGCAUGGGUGUCGCCAAGUCAGCUCGCGAGAAGAAACAUGUUUCCGAAGUCUCGAAGGGAGGGAUGGCAAAUUAAAUGACGCUGUGUCAUUGACGUAUCACGCCUACAGGCCUGCUAAUAUCGUUAAUGUAAGAUUGUAAACAUUGUAUCUCGCACUUAUUUGUAUAUACCUCCGAUUUUUAGAAACGAAUUAAAUAACGAACAAUCGGAGAGAAGAGGCGCUCUUUUUUCUCGCACUUCAACGCCGCGCUUUUCGAACGGCGAGACCGAUCUGCUCGGCUACACGAGGAAUCCGCGUGGAGGUGCCCACUGCGUCACAAUUAUCCCGGAUCGUGCGCUUUAAUUACGCGUAGGUCAGAAGGCAAUUAAAGUACCUCGCGCAGUAUAUAUAGAGUUAGCUGUGAGUAAAAUGCGCAAGUGACAAUUGGGCCUCGCAGAACACUGUCUCACGCUAUCACGCAGCAACAAGAAUAUAUGUAUGCAUAAUAUGUGCACUUUAAACUAGUCAGAUUACACCGCCUUCUUCCUACAGGCCUUUCUUUCAUACCUUCGUCGUAACGUUCGAUCGGACGUUAAGAUUAGCGGUUGUACAAAAUUUAAUGAUAAGCCGAAAAAAACAGAGCUGACAUGUCCGUAAACUGUUUGUUCUUUUUUUUCUUAUACGAAUCUUGUGCUACUAAAAAAAAAAA